UAGCGGCCAUGAAAGGAAACGUCAACCAGCAGCAAGCCAGCUUUUCUCUGCAGCAGAUCUGGAUCUGAUUCUGGUUCUGACCGCAGCUCCUCCUCAUCUCCCUGCACAACCAGAGCCGUCUGUGUACGUGAACACCGCAGCCUGGCAGCCGUCAACCCCGCACGCCGUCAGGGCAUGAAGCGGCCGUGAAGGCUCCGUUGUCCCGCUGAACAUCCAGGGAGCAUCCGCAGCUGAUUCCCGGGAGAUCGGAGAGGAGGCGGAGGGAGCACUGCAGCAGACAUGCCGGGCCUGGUCAUCAUCACGCUGAUCGCUCUCCUGUCCAGCCCAGAAACUUUCACACGUGGGUCAUCCCAGCGUGUCAUACCACUCAGACUUCCGCUGGCUCCUCUGCUUCCAAGUGAAGCCCAAGCCCAGUCACGUUUAAUCCAGGAAUUAGUCAGAACCAAGCGCCACUCAGCCCGUGAGUUAGUCCGUGCUCAGCCUCAUUUGGUUCAUGACAUGGGCUGGCCGGAGAUCCAUGAAACGUCCCGCUCACAAACCAAGGUGGAGUCAGCGAAUUCCUCUGCACUGAACUAUCCCCCCUCCGUAAACCAGGAUGUAGUCAGGACCCAUGCUGCAGUGGAUGAAAGCCUGGAUGUGGAAGAUGUGAUGGAGCAAAUGAUUCACUUGGCGGUCCCGCUGGAUGCAGAGAACAACAGAAGACACCUAGAUCCCACCGAGUCAGGUGGGCCAGGAGCCGGCGAUACCUCCCAGGAGGCUUCUGGCUUCGAUGGGAUGGACACAGAGGACAGAGAGAGAGGAGAAGAAGGAGAAGAGGACCAAGACAGGAGAGGAGGGGAGGAGGAAAGGGAGAGAUUUGUAGAAGACAGAGAGAGAAGAGAAGGAGAUGUUACAGAGGAGGAAGAUGAGAAGGAACAAGGAACAGAUGAACACAGCGUCUCAGAAGCCUUGGAAGUUAAUCACACAACACCAGAUCUGGAUGCUUUAAUCGGCUACACGUCCUCUUUCCAUCCAUCCAAGGAGCCCAGCAGGCCCUUUCUAACCGAAACACAUGAUUACAGGCAUCAAGAGCUUCGUGGUCCCCCAGUCUUGGAGAUGAGUCCUUUAGAGAAAGAUCUGCGGACAGCGGAGAAAGACGAAGACAUUCAGUCCAGUGGCUACGGAGUCCUCCGUUCCUCAGUCACUGCAGCUCAAACAUCUACACCUUCUGCUGCUCCUGCUGAUCGAGCUGUUUCUGCAGCCACUGAUGGAACGGCCACUCCAGAGACCGGCACAGGAACUGACUUUGGACUUCUGGGAAGUUAUACAAAAGAUGAAACAGAGGAGGAAGAAACAGGUCUGUCACAGGCAGGCAUAAUUACCCAGAAUCCCACGGCUCCAGAGGUUGGAUUGGCACCCAGCAGAGAACCUCUGCAACCUAGUUUGGAGCAGGAGGAACACUGGGAAGAAGAUGAACAUGAUCUAAAAGAUAAAGGUGAGGAGAUGGAGAAUGAAAAGAUGGAGAAAGAGGGAACAAGUUUCAGAGGAAUCAUCCCGCUCACCACAGAUCCUUCUCCCACAACUGGCUUCACUAAGACAGAGUUUGAUCCCAAUCAGGAGGAUCCGCGGCAGGUAGUUUGUUUAAACUGGAGUGAGCUGGCUGGACGUGGCUAUGUGAUCCUCAACAUGACGAAGAACAUGAACUGUGAGGAGUUUCGCGUGUGCCAGGGAGUCCAGCUGUUGAAGAUCAUUGAGCGGGAGUUUGCACGCAGAAUGAACAGCCCUGAAGGAUCAUGGGUACUUUACCUCAGCAAGCCAACGCACCAGCAACACCAGCUGCUGAUGAACGUGGCCUCUGGACAUGGAGUCAUUGCUACUCAGGAGGUCCUGGACAUGUUGGGAGAGAUCGGGAAAAACCUCAAUAAGGUGGGAAUCCAGAACUACAGCGCAGCGACCAGUUGUCAGUCUCGGCCCAGUAAGACUCGCAGCGACUACGGUAAACUGUUUGUGGUUCUUGUCAUCAUCGGCUCUGUCUGCAUGGCAAUCAUCACGUCUGGGUUCAUAUACAUCUGCUGGCAGAGACGACUGCCAGCAGUGAAGAGCAUGUUUCCUGCAGAGGAGCUUCACUCUGUGGAGAAUGGUUACCAUGACAACCCCACCCUGGAUGUGACCAACGACAGCCAGGCUGAGAUGCGGGAGAAGAAGCCGAGCACCAACGGGCUCACGGGGGCGGGAGGAGGAGGAGGUGCAGGAGGAGGAGCGGAGGACAGCAGUCGCUGGCAGGCGUUCGUCAACCAGGCAGUGACUGAGGAUGAUGAAGAGGAGCAGGACACACAUCUCUGAUUGAGGAAGAGGAGAUUUGUUUAAUUGAAUGAUAAGUGGAGUCUAGAAGAAAGAUCACUGUGAUGACAAAGGGGAAGGAAAAUGAAGAGUGGAGAAGAGUAGCAGUGACUGAAAAUAUGAGGGGCUUAACUGGAGGAGUCACUGAGGUCAACAUCAAUAUUAAACAUUAAACAUUAAAGCUGCAUCGAGCAUUGAGAAUUUAUCCGAAUCACAUCAAAGCUCUUCUGUUUAGUGUGCCUUAAGCUUUCAGCUUGUAGGACUGAGGCUGCACGAGACUAAUUCACAGUUAGCUACAAAUCAUCUCUCUGCACCUGCAAGCUUUCGGGCAGCUUCAACAGCUCAUGUUUCUGCAGCAGAAUGUAACUGAAUGGAUUGUUUGGUUUGCAUUUUACAUUUUUAGCAUGAUCUUACCAAAAAAGUUAUUGCAGUUAAAAAAACCAAACAGCCUCUAAAGUUGUCACAAUGGUGCACAAAGACAGUGGAUACAGAGAGUGUACACAUCCCUGUUUAAAUGCCGAGUUGUUGCAAAUCAUAUUUAAAUCUUUUUCCAGCUUUAACGUGACAUACUAAAAAGCAUGCGGGCCCUUAAACUAAUACUUUGUAGAAUCCUCUUUCCAAUAUUUAGUGUUUUUGUGUUCAUACCUGCCAUGAUUACAUGCAGAUUAGCCAGAAAUAGGAUUUAGCCAUUCUACAAGGAUUUUUGAUUUGUUUACUUUCAGCAAUUAGCUAAAGCCAGAGUUUGCAGAGAGGUCACAACAUAACUAAAGGUUCUUGUGGUUCAGGAGAAGGACACUCUAAUAAUAAUAAUAUAAUAAUCCCACAGUAUUACACACAAUGUCACAAUGACGACAGCCAUCAGUAACUGGGGGAACUCUGGGACGCCAGUGACAUUACUAAAACUAGACUUUUUGAUUAAAAAUCUAGGCAAUUACUGGUCAGGGGGGCUGAAAGAACUGUGCAGUUUAUAUCAGACAUUUUCUAGCACGUAGUCUACUGGAUCUGUUCUCCCUAUGUCAACAGUCUCCUGUUUUUACCAUAUGUCCUGAUUCAUCUCCUGGUCCACUCCGCUGUUUAAAGUCUGUGAGAACUGCAGGAUCCAUUAGGACUCUCUGCAGACCUCCGUGUGCAGCACAGAUUUUUGUGGCUGUGUGCGCUCGGCAGGGACAAUAACACUCCCAGCCAGAGGGGGGCACCAACACACAGAAGGUAAAAGGAGACAACGGGUCAGAUCACGAGCAAAAGAGGAAAAUUAGCAGUGUUUUUUUCUUCUCCUCCUCUGAGUAGACGUAUAAACCAGAAUAUUAUUGCCCCAUAAGAAGGUGGUAUAUGUUGUGUUUGAUAAAACUAAACUUGGACUUUUGUGCCACAGUUCCAAAAGUUAGGUUUGUCACAAAAACAUACAUGUCAGUUUGGACCCAAAACCUUCCAGUGUCUGCUAGAUAGUUGAUUCUUUACAGUCACUACAAGUCCAACCACAAUCACCAACAGAAUGAUUUCGCCAGAAGAAAGUCAGUCUUAGAACAGUCGAGUAAGAGUCCAGAUUUAGGUUUCACCAAAGUUCUGUGGGUAACAUCGCAACCUGGCAGAUCUGGUGCACGGUUGCAAUACAGAGUGGACAGAUAUUGCCAAGUCAAGCUGAGUUUUCUGUUGAAUUGUACAUGAUAUACAGUAUGUCACAAUAAAGGGGUAAGAGAUUUUUAAUUGAUGCAUCAUGUCUCACUGUUGCAUCUUAAAAUUCUGCCAUUUUAACAGGUGAGUGGACACUUUUAGAUCCACUGUGAGGUUUAAUAAUGCAACUCUUUAAAAAAAACUACCGUAUGCUCUUUUAUUACAGUAAUUUUAAUAACGAUUUGAAUGUGACACGGUUGGGAGAAUAGUCGCUGUUAACCAAGCAUCGCUCACACCAGCAAGAAUGUCUCUAAACGUCCGACAACAGUGACUUCUCCAUAGUUCCGAAGAGCAGGUUUCACCUCUGUCAACUGAAAGAAAUGUUUGGCACUUUAUUGAUUCAUUUUGAAAGAACGACCUCUGAGACGCUGCAUCAUGCUUAACGUACCACACAGAAACUGGAUUAUGAUAUGUUUGCUUUUAGUAGGGUUUUUAACUGCUGAGGAUGUUUACUGUUCGCUCUGUAACACGUCACAUGAAGCUUUACCUGUGCUCUGUUAGCCUGAUGUGCUUUUAUAAAUAGUGCUGGAAUGGUCGCUUUAGUUUGCUCCUGACUUACUGUUGAGGCUGUGACACAUCGCCAACAUUCUUGUCCAAAAGCAUGAAUACAUAUAUAUACACUCACAUAUAUAUGUAUAUAUAUGCCGUAGCUGUAAUGUCUAGGUUGAGCCAUCAAACCCUAGUUCCUGUUGAGUCUUUGGUUUGUAUUGAUUAAACUCAGAGCCUGGGACGCGCUGCAGUCAUUUUCACGUCAUGCCAUAACAGGCUUCAGUCAGAAAUGUAAUAAUUGACUUUUUAAGGUGCAGUUGUGCCCUCCUUAUUACAAGUGAGUCACUGUAGUCGUAUUCUGGGCUUAGCUGAUAAUGUCCUCAGUCAGAAGACUGUACUUUAUACCAGCUGCAAGCAGUGGGCAACUGCUCUGGUGGCCAAAAUCAAACAAACAUCAAUCUUUAAGACACAGAAACAUUGUCCCCGAAGAUCCUUUUCCUAAAUAAGGACUGCUGCACAUUGGAUGUGUUGUGUUAAGGUGUGCCGAGACAGAACAGAUCAAAGUGUUUCAGCUGUGGGUAGUUUUUUUUUUUUUUAACCUGGUUAAGUAGAACAGUUGCAGGUUGCUGUUCUGUGGUGUACCGGAGGACAGCCAGAUAGUGCCAUUGUUGGUUAUUAUGGGUAAAAUGUAUAGAUACAUAUUUUUCUAAUGCAGCCAUUGGGUUUUGCCUUUGAAGGGUUUAUUCACUUUGUUGAAAUGUCAUUUCUAGAGCACUAAUAUGAGUCAGGAUUUCUAAGAUGAGUUUUGCACAAAAAACACAGAAUUCUGUAUCAGUUGUCACCACAUGGAGUUGUAUUUGAAAGGGGUCCUGAUUAGUAUUCUUCCAAACUUGAAGGUCUUUUAAAAUCUUACUUUCAACUUUGGCUGCUUUUUCAAUCCAUUAACAGUCCUGUGCCUGAAUAUCUGAAGAUCUAAAUAUGAAGAAACUGAGUGCAUUUUGAAAAACAUUAAGUCCUUUCAGGUUUUUGAAGAUUGUGUGUUUUAUUAGGAUGAAAGGUAUACAAUUUAACGUGCUACUGCGUACGGAAGAAGUAAUUUAUUUUUGCUUUGAUGUUUCUAUCAUGUUUUCCCUUUGUAUACUCAGUGACCAUCUGGGGCUGAAGGUUCAAUGCUCUAUACACAGACCAUGAGUGGCCCCAAGUGGUCAAAUAAAUUAAUUAGCUGCAUAUUUUAGAAAAUAAGUCCAACUUCACUACAGAGUCAGUCCCUUCAAGCAUUCGGCAUGCUGAGGUGAGUACAAACCGGGCAUCUGCAUAGCUUAGCAAGAGAUUAAGUGACUUUAUUAUGAGGUUAUUACUGCAACAAUUGCGUAACAUUUAUAUCAGUUUUGUAUCAGUGGUGCAUAUGUGGAGUAAAUAUGGUUCCCACAGAAUCCAUGGCAACCUGACUUGGCUGGAGAUCGCAAUGCUCACAUAAUCAAAUUCAGAAAGGCAAAGCUGAAAUGUUAUUGGCUUAAAGCUAAGCAUCUCCGCACACAUUGCAAGGCAGUUAUUGGAAUAGUAUGUUGGGGUAUAAAGCCUCUUAACUCUGAUCCGUAAUAGACAACUUGGUAAAGAGGUGGGGCUCUGUGUUAGCAACACCCUGCCACUCAUUUCUUUUACCAAAGAUGGAUUUUUCAUACUCCUUAAAGACAUGACCUGCUGGAGAUAGAGUUAAGACCCCAAACUAUUCAUACCUCUGGCACAUUUAGGUUUAAAGUAACCUUUUAAUUUCACCAACAUGUUUCUUUUGACUGGCAGUAAUAUUACCAUUUUGGAGCAGCCCAACCAGAGUCUCAGCUGUCAAAUCUGAAAGAGUCUCUGGAGGAAACUAAAGAUUAGUGUGAUGGCAAGGAGGCCCUUAAACAGCAAAGACAUGGAGGUCAUCCCCAAAGAGAAAUUAUCAAAAUACCAGUGGAAACAUGAAAAAGGCUGCUCGGCAAUUAUAAAGAAGGUUUGAUUGUUGUAAUGACAAUAACGAAUUUUUCAAUUGAUUAUUAAAAAUGGUAUAAAUAAUAUUUACAAUAUUUUUUUCUGAAUUGCUACUCAAUUACUUACCUCAUUGGAUUGCAUGUUGAGAGAUGCCUGUCUUAGCUUUCAAGCUGAAAAUAAUGUAAAAUCUAAUUCUACCAGGGGUAUGAAUAACUGUGGACCCAUCUUGUUUGGUGUCUUCCACUCUUUUGAGCACAUGGUGUCAUGCUCAGGUACAAUAAUGGAACUGAAACUUGGUGAAGAGCAGCCAAAAUCCAAAAAUAAAUAUUCAGGCCUUCAGAAAGCCUGAAGAAAACUUGAUCAGGAUCAUUUUGAAAUACAUUAAGAAAGUCCGGCUGUUUGGAAAGAAAAUAAAAAGAAAUGAGUGGGGCUUUAAAACAUUUUUAUAGUUUUUUAUCUUGCUUUCAUAAAUCAUUUCAGUUACUUUGGUCACAUUAAGUCACAAAGUGAGGCUCAAGUCAUUGAGGAUAACACAGACCCUUUAUUAAACUGACAUGGCCUUAAAUCUCAUAGUGCUAAUCAUAUUGUUAUUUCGGCCCUUUGUCUUCAUAUAUUCUACUGUAAGCUGGUUGCAUAUGGUCAGAGAAGAAUUAGUAUUAGUAAGGCAUUAAUGGAAUAAGAGCAAGUUUGAACCUAUUUAUACAACUGCCUGCAGUGUAGAUCGGCCAUGUUUAGAGCACCAAGCUCAGCUCAUCAGUCAUGCUAAUUACCAGUAAGGGAGAACAAAGGAGCAUGCAGCUUUCAGCACGGCAGCAAACGCCAAAUAACAAAUUAAACAGCUGGUGUUGCUUUUUUUCUGUUUAAAGCUGUUUGUAUAAAAUCUGUUUUCUACUAGUUUGAUCCUGAUUGGUUUAAUUUGGAUUUUCACAUAUAUUUGCAGUUUAUAGGGUUGCAGGUAUUUGGGCAUUCAAUUGUAGCAAAAAUAAACCAACUCAAUGUAAUGUUGAUGUCAGAUUAUCUUUUUAUGUAUCUGUUAUUUUGUUUAGUUGAUUAAUUAUUAAUCUGUGUUUUAUUAUGCUUUUUGAUUGCCAAUCAUUCUCCUGUUCAUCGCCAGUAUAACUGUAAAAAUACAUUUAGAGAAAAAUGAAUGGUGGUGUUUUCUCUCUCUCUCUGAAAUUUCUAACAUAUAUAUUAUUUUGGUUUUGUUAUUGUCUGUUUAGUACAUAAUACAACCUGAACAAUAAAACAUUAAAAUAAAAUCUUUUCUGAUACCAGAUCAAA